UACCCCUCAGGAUCUAGCGCCUCCCCCGUACAGCCCCGACAAUAGCGUUGGGUGUACCGUCACUGUUGCUGCAACAGCUUCUUGUCUCGGGAUUUAGCAAUGGGCAAAGUUCGUCGCAGCAAGAAACCACCACCAGAAGGAUGGGAAUUGAUUGAACCAACCUUAGAGGAAUUGGAUCAAAAGAUGCGUGAAUGUGAAACUGAAACACACGAAGGAAAGCGAAAGGUAGAAUCCCUCUGGCCCAUCUUUAAGAUUCACCACCAAAGGUCCAGAUAUGUCUUCGAUCUUUUUCAUAAACGCAAGGCAAUCAGCAAGGAGCUCUACGAGUAUUGCAUCAAAGAGGGCCUGGCUGAUAAAAACCUGAUGGCCAAAUGGAAAAAGCAGGGAUAUGAAAACCUCUGUUGCCUACGGUGCAUUCAGACAAGAGAUACAAACUUUGGCACCAACUGCAUUUGCAGAGUCCCCAAAGGAAAGUUGGAAGAGUGGUCCUCACUGGAGCCCACAAGUGUGGAGGUGGGAGGUUUCUUCCCGGGAUACGCUGCUAGGCUAAAGACAUGCACGAGCUGCAUAUAAUAAAUCUGGGAUCUCGUCGUCCAAGCCAGGGGAAAAUUGUUGAAUGCGUCCACUGUGGCUGUCGUGGCUGCUCAGGCUGAAGAGGAGCACUCACAGCAUCUGUAAAAAAAGGACCCUUGUAUCAUAUCUCGUCAAUAGAUUGUAUCCAAAAUUAA